UCCGCUGAACCGUGCAUUACAAAAACAUAGGGACAAAGCUAAAAUUUCAUGUCAGGGGAUUAAAUAUCGGUUCAUGUUAGGCGUGAUCAAAGAUAUGUUAAAGAACCCAAGAUAGAACUACAUAAAUUCCAUUUUGUUUUGGAAAAAAGGUGAAAUAUUGAAAUAGGUAUAUGGAAAAAUAAUCAAGUAAACUCUCAAACAUUUUGGAAAAAGAAUUCUCUGAUUUAGAUGGCGAAAGACCCUGUCAAGUCUCAAGCUUUCUCCAACUUCGCCUAACGCUCCAACCAGAGUAAUGGUCUGUGCUUUCUGUUAUGGAUACUACAUGAUACAAAAUUCUUAAUUACUGGUUUAAUAAUUAAUAAUUUUCAGAAGAUUGACAUUUAGAUAGCAGAAUAUUUGCUGUUGUAGUUUGUGGCCAUCUUUUUACUUCAUAUAUUCUUAGGAUGACAGCAAUUGCAAUUUUUGUGAGAUCGAGUUGUCGUGCCCAUAAAAUAGUUUUAUACUGAAAAAGUUACAAUGCAAAAAACUAAAUUCAUUAGUUUUUUGUUUCUUAAAACAGGGUUACUAUAAAAUUGACAGCGAAGCCGGCGCAGUGAAGGAACACGAUUCCUUCCCAGCAUAACGCCAUGAAGCUAAGGCUUGCCAUAUGGAGCUUCGGUCAAUUUGGUUGAACAGCUUGUGUUAUGCUGCCUCCAAAAGUUAGCUAAUCUAUUCGCUGGAAAGAAUAAAAUGGAAACAAAAAGCAUGCAGCUAAGAUGAUGAAACUUACAGCUUACAACUGAUGAGAAGUGACAAGUAAUAUUUGUGAUCGUUGUAAGAUAAUUUCAAUUUUUGAAUUCAGCUAUAAUUUAAAGUUAGACUACUCAUACGAAAAUGUAUUUAUGUGAAAAUAAUAAUUAAAAAUUAUUUGAUGAUUUGACAUACUAAAUAUUUUAGCGUAACAUAUAUCCACAUUUUAACUAUCAUCUCAUAAAAAGAAACUCAACCUUAUUAAUUGCAUUUCCCACGAUGCUAUUCAAAUUCAAGCUGAAAGAGAUGGUAAAAGAAUGCACUCAUGAAUUAAUACACGAAUGCGAUGUGAUAAAUAUAUAGUGAUUCCACUACCCUUUCAUUUAUUAUAAAUUAUAACGUAACAUGGGAGAAGCCAAUGCAAGAGCCUUUUUCAUAGUUAUAGACUUAUAGUCUAUUCACCUUUCAAUUACUAAAUACCUGAAACUCCUAAACAACAACUUGAUCAGCUUCUGUAACUGACAAGUAACAACGAACCCAAACAACAUUACAACUCUAUCGACAACAACUCUGUUUUUAAUCAUAGAAUGGCUCAACAAGAUGUUCAUCAUCAUCAUCAACAGAAAAAUAAGCAUUCAAGAAUAGAUCAAGAGACAGCAUUGUACUACAAGGCCACACACCAACAAAGAAGCAGCAGCAAAUGCUUCGUGUUCGUUUUGGCUGCCUUUGUGUUCCUCUGUGCAGUUCUGUUGGUUUUCGCAUCCAUAGUCCGUUUCAGAAACCCACGGGUCAAACUCACGUCAGUUACGUUGACUCAAAUCCGUUUAAUUAACCCUACUUCUUCAUUGCCUUCCUUGUUCAACGCCACCCUCCUCACCCAUCUCACCAUCACGAAUCCCAACUACGGUGGCUUCAGUUACGAGAAUGGCGAGGUGAGUGUGGUCUACGGCGGCUUAAGAAUCGGUGACAUAGCACGCGUACACAGCGACACAGUGAAGGCAAGAAAAAGCAAAGAAAUGAAUGUUACCAUGCAAGUGAGGUCUCCUAAUAAUGUAACACUGCUUUCUGGGAAUCAUUCAGGGACGUUGAAUCUCACAAGUUAUGCAAGAUUCAAUGGCACUGUUCGAUUGCUUAAGAUCAUCAAGAAAAGAAACACCAUAGAAAUGGCUUGCGUUAUCAAUCUCAACUUCACCUCUCACCAAAUUAAGGCGAUCCAUUGUUAAUUAAUUAAUAAUAAUCUUUGUUUCUCUGA